ACUUGUCUAAAAGUUAAAGCUUGGACGCGUUACAAUUUAUCAUCAGCGUGUUCAAUUUGUGCGAUUCGAUCAAUCAUUGGCAACAAUCAACUCCCCUGGGUCGCAUGAAAGGAACAGUAAAUUAUAAUCAAUUAUGGAUAUUGACGACAUCUUGCGAGAAGUCGAUCCUACGUUCGACUCAAUUCCAGAGGAGACGCGCGACCUCCAGGCGCUAACACGUGCUUGGAUGGCAGAAAGAUCCUCGCCCGAACUACUCGACUGGCCAACCGACGGCCUCUUCGAGCGUAUUAACGAGCGCAUCAAGCAACAGAUUGAAAAGGUCGAAGAUAUGACUGGUGAUAUGGAUCCAAAGACCAACUUUGCCCUGAUCGUUAUACAAACCGAACUCGAGCGUUAUAAGUACCUGGUACGGAGCUAUCUGAGGGCCCGCAUAGCUAAGAUCGACAAGCACACCCUACAUUAUCUAUCUAGCCCCGUGCUCCAGGCACGCCUCUCACCGCCGGAGCUAGCAUACGCGACACGACAUCAAGCCUUACUCCACAACCAUUACCUAUCUUCUUUCUUGUCAUCCUUCCCGGCGCCUCUUCAGAACCUCAACGACACUGCUGGGAACAUCAGCAUGGUCGAUGCUCCGGAUCUAGAUACGGCCGUGUUUAUUCGUCUGCUUAGAGAUACGCUUGUCGAAGGCCGCGGAACCGACGCCGAUGGCGAAAUGAAUGGCAAGAACGGCGAUGUUGUCAUUCUAAGGUGGGCCGACGCGAAGAAGUUGGUUAGCUCGGGAUCAGCAGAGAUAAUAUGAAGCCAAAAAUGAGCUCAUGCCCAGCCUCGUGGCAUUGCUUCUCGAUGCCCCAUUGCGUCCUAUGAAGUCCAGUCAACUAUCGUCUUAUGAUAAGUUGAAAUGGCGUGUAUAUCGACAGGGACUUAUCUUUGCCGAAGAAGGCGCCACAGGAGGCGGGGAGCACCGAUGCUAAGAGGAGAGGGGGCCGGGACAUAAAGACGAUACCGAUCCAUUUUGAAGAACCGGUAAUGCUAGCGAUGGACAAGGCUCGCCACGGCCUUCUCCAGACCCGAGUCUAUAUCCAGUAAGAACUGGGCCUAUCGUCCCAAGACUUAGGAAAAAUCUGCAAGGCA